CAAUAAUAAAUAAACUUGGUGAUACAGUAAUCUACACAAUCUACAUCAUAAUAACAUAAUGGUACAAACCGUACUCUUGACUGGCACCAGCGGGUUUAUCGCAUUGCACAUCCUAAAAAAACUCUUAGAAGAGGGCGAGGUGCAAGUACGAGGCACAGUGCGAUCAACAUCAAACGACAAGAAAACACGGCCUAUCAAAGAACUGGUAUACAAUGCCAAGUAUCCUGUUGAGCUCGUCGAGGCUGAUCUUAUGUCCGAUUCUGGCUGGGCUGAGGCUGUGAAGGGGUGUGAUUACGUGCUGCACACAGCUUCGCCUUUCUACCUGGCACAUGGAGAUGCAGGUAGAGAGAAACUCGUCAAACCAGCGGUAGAGGGCACCCUGAGAGUACUACGCGAAUGUGCUAAGCCUGGGUCUCAAGUCAAGCGCGUGGUAUUGACAUCCAGUAUAGCAGCAGUGGCGUUUGGGGUUGAGCAUGAGGAAGGUUACAUGUACUCAGAACGGGACUGGACAAAUCCAGAUUCACCGAAAGUCGAUCCCUACACUGAGAGUAAAACACGAGCGGAGAAGGCUGCUUGGGAUUUCGUAGAGAACAAUCGCGAUCACAGAUUCGAGCUCUGUACUAUAAACCCAGGGAUGGUGUUUGGGGAAACGCUGGGAGCCACUGGAACCAGUGUGGAUUUGGUCAAGGAUAUGGUGCAAGGCAAAAUGCCCAUGCUUCCCCACUUCAACAUGCCGGCAGUAGAUGUGCACGAUGUGGCGCAGGCCCAUAUAGAGGCCAUGCGCAGACCCCUUGCGACGGGCAAGCGGUUUGUGCUGUACGCCAAUGAUAUAUGGCUCACAGAAAUGGCUGCGGUGAUCAAUAAGGAAUUCGGUGCAAUGGGGUACAGUGUAGCUGAGCGCAAGAUGCCGCAUUUCCUGGCGUAUGCUAUGUCGUUUCUGAGCAAGGACAUGGACAUGAUCUAUAAGGGGUGGGGCGUGCCACACCCGUGUGACAACACACAUACGCGAGAGAUACUCGGCAUUGACUUCAAGAGUGUGGAUCAGAGUAUUGUGGAGACCAUCCACUGCUUGAUUGAGAAGGGUCUAGUGGAGAAGAAGGACACCUACAUACCACGUGCGUAAGAGCGCCAACCAAUCACAAUGACGAAGUAAAGUACUACAGCUACUGUGCGCUGUUUAAGGAGAUGGACGGGUCCAUGCAAGUGUCGUAUAGCUUGUCUCAGUCAGCCAUGUGACCUAUUUCUGUGGAAGUUUAUUGUUUUCAACGUGGGUAAAGCAAUGUCUCGAAGCCUUUUGGUCGCAGCUGUACGACUGCAGCCUAUUUCCCCAUCCGCGAGAGAGAAAUAAGUAAAAGAAGUAUGAAGUUUUUGGCACAAUCAGCGCAUACAAACGGUGGGCUCCUCCACUGCACAGCUCACUCACUCUCUUCUGGCCUGUCAGUAUCCACACUUCAAGCCACCCACCCAGUAAUAUCCAAUCAUGUCAACGGUACAACUAAGAGUCUAAUCAAUAAACAAUCUGACAGGCGCAUGGCCAUUGUACCCACGUGCUAUCCAAUCUGCGCUUUGACGAUUUACAUGGGGUCCCCACUACCCCUUGUUGGUGCUAGCCUUAAGUCAGGUUGUCUCAAACAAAGCAGAGAUACAAAUGUUUUUAUAGGACGUUUCCUUCCAACUCGAAAGGGUGUGCUCUUCGGAGAGUGCAGUCAAAUAGACAGCGACCACAGGGCACAGAAUGUAUACACAUCAUAAAAGUAGCUACUAGU